ACUAUGUAAUUGGUAUUUCAUUUUCAUUUAAUAAAUCGCCGACAGAAUAUACAAAAUGUGAAACGUAUGCUCUCUUUCUUUUAUAAAAAAUGUAAUUACUCCCUUUUAUAAAAAAGGGUGUUAAUAUCUGAUCAUUUCUUCAUAUUAAUAUUUAAUAAUAUCUAGUUUUGCGUAUUUGUUGGAUAUCAGGAUAUGUGUUUGUGAACGUGUUUGUCCCUAACUGCGGCAGAGAGAGACCCGUAAUGCUUGUAAUGGACAACCAUGACUCUCAUAUAAGUAUCGCUGUCAUUGAGAAGGCAAUAUCAGAGGGUAUUGUGCUUCUUGGUCUGCCUGGGCAUUCCACUCAUAUCCUGCAACCUUUAGACGUCAAUAUUAUAUCACCGCUGAAAGACGCGUACACGAAAGUGGCAGCCGGUCUUGGCUACUUAAAUACCGCUAUCAGUGUUGGGAAAGCCAAGUUUCCGGUCGUCUUAAAGCAUGCAACGGACAAGAUUGCGCCAGCUACCAUAGUCAACGGUUUCGCUAAAACUGGCAUCUGUCCAUUCAGUCCUUCUGUGAUAGACACAUCACAGAUAGUAGAACCGACUUUCAGAGACGACGCAAACGGAGGACCAGAUGAGCCUGAGGUGAGGACCUGUGGUACCUAUGGGUCUUACAUUACUAACCCAUUGGUGAGAAGAGGACUCAUUUCAAAUUCACUGGCAAACAUUCUGGUACCCCCUCCCACAAAACCACAGAAUAAACAGCAGAAAAGAACACGGGUUGUAGCCGAGGGCAGACUUAUCAGCAGCGGCAAUGAUAUGCUGAGUCAACUAAAGGAGAAGGAAGAACUUGCUGAAAAAAGAAGAGUGAAUCAGAAAGAAGGAAAAAGGAAAUGGAAAUGAAAAGAAAACUGAAACAAGAAGAUGAUAGGAUGAAAAAGAUAAAGAGAAUGAAAGAAAAAGAAGAAAGAGAAGCUAGAAAGCUAAAGGACAAAGAAAUGAAAAGUAUUAGGAAACAGAAAAAAUAGGAAGAGCAAGAACGAAAACAGAAGGAGAAGGUGGACCUUAAGAGAAAACGUCUAUUUAUUGAGGAGCAGAUCAUGUCAGCGAGCAUGUAUGUAUGUGGUGACUGUAAAGAGAAGGGGAGGCCAGAUGAUGAGAUUAACGGCAUUCUUUGGUUCGGCUGCGAUGAAGAGACAUGUGGAUUAUGGUUUCAUGAGCAUUGUCUGACACAACAGGCCAACGAAUAUCUUUGUGAAAGUUUAGAAAAUGGAGAGGAGUGGUUUUGCCACAGGUGUAAGCCGUGGCUUUACGAGGAGUACACUUGAUUGUAGAAUUCCAUAUCUGUGAUAUUCAGUUUGAGCCAGUUUUAAUAAUAUUAUAUGAAUAUAUAUUUUAACCUGUGUUUCUUUUUUGUAUUUCCAAAAGGCCCUCAUUUUAAUCUGAAACCAACUCAACAUUUCUUUCUUAAUUAUAGCAGUUUGCAUGAUUUUUAUGGGGGCAAAGUGUGUAUACAGGUUAGUCUCCAGG